GUCAAAUCUCUUGCCAUCGAAUGCAAUUCCUAGGUGAAUACCACGAUAUCACAUGCUUUCCCGAACCUCCUCCAAGGUCUGAUUCGAAGAUUUGGACGGAUUCUCAGAUAUAUGGAAAUAGAUCUCUCCCUUCGGCAACCGGUGACACUUUUAGUUUCAUGCCACUCCGUCGCAAUCGGCGCCGACAAACAUAUCAAAUCUGCAAGCCCAUGUGCCCUUGCCACAAAGGAUAUAGCAUCAAAGGACGGUUGGGAUCGGAGCAAAGAGGUCUUGAUGUGUGUCUGAUGCCUCGUGGAGGGCAGCUCGAGAAAUAUCCCCCGGCCCCACCAUUUCCAAGGAGCCAGGAUCGAAAAAGAAAUCAUAAAUUAAACCAGUAUCUAGAAUCUGCACUUCGAAACGUAGCAGCGGUCUUUGUCCAGGAACUUAAUGGCUUGCGCAUGCCCUCGAUCCCGUCAUCCAUGCCGCAAGAAGGAUUAAAGGGCACGAUGAGCUGGCAUGUCAGUUAUAUCAUGUCGCAGGAGUGCCAACAAAGAGUCCUGUUCUACUGCAAGUCUGAGCAGUGUCCUUGUUGUUGCGGAGGAUGGAUUCCUGCUUCAUGUUGAUUCAUUGUUUGGAACAAAAUUCCACCCAUCUGUGGAAGACAUUCUGUCAAGAUAAAAGCUGAUGUUCUUAGAAAAGUGUUGGUACUUGUAGCGACCGGAGUCGAUCUGUGCCAUUGGAAAGCUUGCAUCGGAGCCGGAACCGCGGCGCAUCGUCCGGGACGUGCAGAGCUGCAAAUGACAAUCUAAGAAGAAGGAUGAGGACCUUUCGGGGGGUGUGUUUUUGUGUUUUUGUGUGUGUGUGUGUAGCACAAAGCUGCAGGGGAUGGUUUACUGAGUAGAUGCUAACUUGUUGGUAUGCACUAUCUGUCCGUUACUGAAAA